UUGGAGACAGACGCGGAGACACGAUGUGACAUUUGGCCGCGCGUAAUUUGCGCAUUUGGAGAGCGGUGCGCAUUGAACGCGCCGCCGUGUGCGCGAUGAUUUGAGUGUUUGUGGACGCCCGGUGCUGUUGGAGUGAGUCCAGGGAUGCUGCUGCGGCUUGUCUGGCUGCCGGAGUGCCGCCGCGCAACGAGGGGCUGCGCCCUGCACAUCUGCUGAGGAGGAGAGCGGAUCUGGCGUUUGUUUGCCGACCUUCUGAUCCGACGAUGGAUCCCUCCUGGGACAUUUAAGCAUCUUCUGCUGGGACUGUGGGAGCGCGUAUUCCUCCUCCUGCAACAUGGGGAACAGUUUCUCCAAUUUGGGUGCCUUCCAGUCCUUGCACAUAGUCAUGCUCGGGUUGGACUCUGCGGGCAAAACCACCGUACUCUACCGGCUCAAAUUCAACGAGUUCGUCAACACGGUGCCCACCAUCGGCUUCAACACGGAGAGGAUCCGGCUGGGCGGAGCGGGGGCCUCCAGGGGCAUCAGCUGCCACUUCUGGGACGUCGGGGGCCAGGAGAAGCUGCGGCCCCUGUGGAAGCCCUACAGCCGCUGCACGGACGGCAUCGUGUACGUGGUGGACUCCGUGGACGCCGAGAGGCUGGAGGAGGCCCGCACCGAGCUGCACAAGAUCACCCGGUUCGCGGAGAACCAGGGGACCCCGCUGCUGGUCAUCGCCAACAAGCAGGACCUGCCCCGGGCGCUGGAUGUCGGGGAGAUCGAGAGGCAGCUGGCUCUGGCCGAGCUCAGCCCCUCCACCCCGUACCACGUCCAGCCGGCCUGCGCCAUCAUCGGAGAGGGGCUGGAUGAGGGCAUGGACAAGCUGUAUGAGAUGAUAGUGAAGAGGAGGAAGUCACUGAAGCAGAAGAAGAAGAGGCAGUGAUAGCACUUUGUUCUUUCUAUAGAAAUAUACGGACUUUGCAGUGAUAUAUAGCAGAUAAAAAUGAAACAUUGCAAGCCUCAUAUAUGACAGGAAUAUAUUUAUAGUGAUGCUACACGAGCUAAAAUACCAAUAUGUGACUCUGAAGUCAUUCAUGAUUGUUUAUGAAUGUUAUAGAGGGAGAUAAAGCUGUCUAAACUCCAUCCAGCAACAUUUUAAUUUGCAGAAAGCAACUAGAUCAUUGAUAAUCAACUUAUGGGGCCGAUAGGGUGCCGGGAGCCCCCCCACCACCAUUUUUAAUUCACAAUUUUAAAAAAAGUGAUUCACACUGGGGAUUAUAAGGAAAUACUUAGAUAAAAGUGCAUAAAACAGCAUCAAAAUAGAGCUUGUUAACUAAACAGGCCACCCCGACAGACGCCCCUAAUGUCCUAAAUUCUUAGAAAUGUCCUGAAAUCCUAAAA